UGUCACGCACGCGUCCCCGUUUCACCUCCAACACGCUCCCCUCUGUAACUCGAUAGUUGACCGUAAUGUUUCUAAUAAACUCGCUUUCGGGGAAGCUGUCUGGGAAUUUCUGUCCUCCUGAGGAGAUUCGCCCCCUCAAAACGUUGAGACGCACGCUCCCGGCUGCGUGUGAAAGGCGCCACAUCGGAGCGGAGUAAAAAAAGGACUCGGAAAAUGCUGCUGGUCCUGCUGCAGAUGUUGGUUCUGGCGUCCUGCGCGCCACCUCGAUGCGACCCACGGAUCAGGGGACUGUGCAAACCAGUAGUGGAAGAAAAGCCCAAGUGCACGGACGUGCUGCUGUCCUACUGCAACGACAUGGCCUACACCCAGACCAUGUUCCCCAACAUCGUGGGCCACGGGAGCCGCGAGGAGGCGGAGGCCGGCGCCGAGUACCUCCUCAUGAGCGUGGCGGAGUCCCUGUUCGGCGGCGAGUGCAACCCGGACCUCCGCAUGCUGGGCUGCUCGGUGCUGACCCCCCGCUGCGAGGGGGACCGGGUGCUGAAGCCCUGCCGCAGCUCCUGCGAGGCCGUGCACAAACGGUGCGCCCACACCUUCGAGGGGAUCCAGAUGGCGUGGCCCUACUUCCUGGACUGCGAUCGCUUCUUCGUCGGCGAUGAGGAGGACUGCUACGACCCGCUGGAGGGCCUCAGGGCAGAGGAAGAACUGGAGGGAUUUCCGGCCACCGACGGGCCUCCCCCUGAAGAACCCGCCACAUCCAUACAGUUCACCUACCACACCAAUGCCCAGAUGAUCGGCGCCUUGCAGAAAACGGCCGGCCACUGCUCGGACAUAGCCAGAACGUACAGCAUCGGCCACAGCGUGGAGGGCAGGGAGCUGCUGGUGAUCGAGCUGUCCAACAGUCCUGGAGAACACGAACUGCUUGAGCCGGAGAUCAAGCUGAUCGGUAACAUGCACGGGAACGAAGUGCUGGGCCGCCAGCUGCUGGUCUUCUUGGCUCAGUACCUGUGCUCGGAGUACCUGCAGGGCAACGAGCGCAUCCAGACCCUCAUCAACACCACCCGCAUCCACAUCCUGCCCUCCAUGAACCCCGACGGGUACGAGGCCGCCGUCUCCGGAGUCAAUGACAACAACUAUGGCGAUGAUGAGGGGGAGAGAUACAGUACAUGGAACAUCGGCCGAAACAAUGCAGAAAACAUCGAUCUGAACAGAAACUUCCCUGAUUUGACGUCCAUUGUUUACAAGAGACGCAGACAAAAGGGCUACCGCACGGACCACAUCCCAAUCCCAGACUAUUUCUGGUUUGGUAAGGUUGCUCCUGAGACCUACGCCGUCAUGAAGUGGAUGCGCUCCAUCCCGUUUGUACUGGCCGCUAACUUCCACGGUGGGGACCUGGUGGUGUCUUACCCCUACGAUCUGUCCAAACACCCAUUGGAACAAAACAUGUUCUCCCCGACGCCAGACGACAAGGUUUUUAAACUUCUCGCGAAAACGUACGCGGACACCCAUGAGACGAUGACCAGGGAGUCCGAGCGCUGCGGGUCGUCUCGCGCCAAAAGCCAGAAAGGCACCGUCAACGGAGCAGAGUGGUCCAGCGUCGCCGGCGGGAUGCAGGAUUUCAGUUAUCUCCACACCAACUGCUUCGAGGUGACGGUGGAGCUGGGCUGUGAUAAGUUCCCGCCCGAGGAGGAACUCUUCCUCAGCUGGCACGACAACAGGGAGGCUUUGAUUGCGUUCAUGGAGGCCGCCCACCGAGGUAUCAAAGGACUGGUAAAAGACGAGGAGGGAAACGGAAUCAAGGGGGCGAGGAUAUCCAUCAGAGGAAUACGACACGACGUGACCUCAGCUGAAAACGGAGACUACUGGCGCCUCCUCACCCCUGGCAUCCACAUCGUCACCGCCUCUGCUCCCGGCUACGUCAGGGCCACCAAGAAAGUCCUCCUGCCCCCCCACAUGCACACGGCGGGCCGCGUGGACUUUGUGCUGCAGAAGGCUCCUCCGGAGUCCGACAGUCUGAGCGGGGAUAACGCUCUCCCGUCAGCCUACGGGCGGUUCGACCCCUACAACCAGUACGAGCGCUACAUCCGGAUGGCCGACGGGACGCAGAGCCGCGAGGAGAGAGCAGAGAAGCCCUGGUGGUGGAACUACUUUGUGUCGACGGGAGGCCCUGCCCCCACCUGGUUGCUCAAAAACCAUUAAAGCCCCAAAAAAUACGAGCGGCUCCUCAGAACCAAUCCAGCUAUCAUGCGAUGAAUGUUGUGCCUUUUUUUUAUGGCGUCAAACACGCUUUCACACUUACAUGUAAUCUGUUUUUGUCUCAAAUCGGACUCUAAUAAUAAUAUAAGCACCUUACUUUUAUAAGCUACUGCUUUGAUAAAAACACUACUUGCAUUGAUAAUCGUGAGUUAAUAAAAGCUUGUUAAACACAGACAUGUGUAACUUUAUAGCAGUUAUUGCAGAAUGCUGUUGAGAUUCACGCAGCUGGCCACUAGAGGGCAGGCUCCAUCAACAUCUGGCCCAAACUGCAGCCUUUGAUCAGAAUGUCUAGGAAAAUGAAUUGUUUUUGCCGUUUCCCCUCACAUGUUUUAAGAGAAGAGGUGUUUAGAUGUGAAGAAAAAAGCGGAUUUCUAUUAUGUUGUGAAUACUUUGUCUAGUGUUGAGCAC